AUGUCAUUCCUCACGAGACAGAUGACCUCCAAGGUCCCCAGACUCGCGACUCGCGCCUUCUCUACCAGCCGGCCUUCGCAAUUGGCCCGCAUCACCGUGGUCGGCCGCCUAGGCGCUGAACCAGAGGUGGUCGAGACCGCAAAAGGCUCCACCCUCGUCAAAUACGUCGUUGGCACCAGCCAAGGACCAAAAGAUAACAGGACAACUUCAUGGUUUCGUGUGACCAGUUUCGCGGAGGGUCCCCAGAGAGAUUUCAUCACAGGACUACCCAAAGGGACCUUGGUCUACCUCGAAGGUGAUGCUGCAAUGCGUCAAUAUGAGGAUACCGAGGGCAAAAACAGGACUGCCUUGAGCAUAGUGCAGACGAAGCUGGAUGUUCUUCAGAGACCACGCGUGGAGUCUACCGAGUCCAGUGAAGAGUAA